AUGAAACAUGAGUUCCACAUAACGGCCUUUCCUAAGCUUGAGUAUUUAUGGUACAUCCUGUUUGUUGGAGUGUUGCUGUUUUUUUUAAUGGCAAUAUGUGGAAAUCUUCUAAUCAUUGUUCUUAUAUGUCUUGUUCCUCAUCUUCACACUCCCAUGUACUUUUUUCUGUGCAAUCUCGCAGCCCAGGAUGUUAUCUAUGUGUCUGCCAUCUUGCCAAAGCUAAUGUCAAUUAUAUUAACAGGUGACCACAAUAUUUCUUUUGUAGGCUGUUUCACACAAAUGUGUAUGUUCAUUUUAUGCAUAGGCACAGACAUUUUUCUUCUUACAUCCAUGGCUUAUGAUCGUUAUGUUGCCAUAUGUAUUCCUCUCCAGUAUUCUAUUAUUAUGCACUUCAAGAAAUGUUGCCUGAUGGCUUUGGUUUGCUGGGUUGUUGGUGCCCUAAAUGCAGCACUGUAUGCCUUGCUGAUGUCACAGGUAGCGUUCUGCCAUAUUAAAGCCAUCAAUCAUUUCUUUUGUGAUAUAAGGGCCAUUCUCAAGUUGUCCACUGGUGAUAUAACACACAUGAAGAUAAUAAUAUUUUUUGAAAGCGUGGUCCUUGGUUGUAUCCCUUUCGCACUCAUAUUAAUAUCCUACUUGCAUAUUAUAUUUGCAAUACAGAAGAUCAAAUCAACAACAGGUAGACUGAAGACCUUCUCCGGGUGCGCUUCACAUAUUAUCACUGUGAUCCUUUUCUGUGGAGCAUCUCUCAGCCAGUACAUAAACCCAGACACCGAGUUUAAGGAACAGGACAAGUCGCUGUCUUUGCUCUAUGUUGCUGUAGUCCCCAUGUUAAACCCCUUGGUUUACAGUUUGAGAAACAAAGAUGUUUUGCAAGCCAUGAAAAAACUGAGAGACUUUAGAUGGCAAUGUGCUUCAAAUGCAUUUUUAUAUUAUAUACAUUUUUCUAUAUCCACAAACUAA